AUGGCAAGUGGGGACACAGGUUACGUUCCCGAUAGAGUUCAAAAAACAGCACAUCAGCCUCAUUGCUUACCUCUCAUCCCCUUAUUUCUUCAUCCCGUCACCUCUUCACCUCUUGAACCCGUCACCUCCUCAUCCCCUCACCUCCUCAUCCCGCCACCUCCUCAUCCCCACCUCCUCAUCCCCUCACCUCCUCAUCCCCUCACCUCCUCAUCCCCUCACCUCCUCAUCCCCUCACCUCCUCAUCCCCUCACCUCCUCAUCCCCCCACCUCCUCAUCCCCUCACCUCCUCAUCCCCACACCUCCUCAUCCCCUCACCUCCUCAUCCCCACACCUCCUCAUCCCCUCACCUCCUCAUCCCCUCACCACCUCAUCCCCUCACCUCCUCAUCCUCUCACCUCCUCAUCCCUCCACCUCCUCAUCCCCUCACCUCCUCAUCCCCAUACCUCCUCAUCCCCUCACCUCCUCAUCCCCACACCUCCUCCUCCCCUCACCUCCUCAUCCCCACACCUCCUCCUCCCCUCACCUCCUCAUCCCCUCACCCUCCUCCCCUCACCUCCUUAUCCCCUCACCUCCUCCUCCCCUCACCUCUUCCUCCCCACACCUCCUCAUCCCCUCACCUCCUCCUCCCCUCACCUCCUCCUCCCCUCACCUCCUCCUCCCCUCACCUCCUCCUCCACUCACCUCCUCCUCCCCUCACCUCCUCCUCCCCUCACCUCCUCCUCCCCUCACCUCCUCAUCCCCUCACCUCCUCAUCCCCUCACCUCCUCAUCCCCUCACCUCCUCAUCCCCUCACCUCCUCCUCCCCACACCUCCUCCUCCCCCUCACCUCCUCCUCCCCUCACCUCCUCCUCCCCUCACCUCCUCCUCCCCUCACCUCCUCCUCCCCUCACCUCCUCCUCCCCACACCCCCUCCUCCCCACACCUCCUCCUCCCCUCACCUCCUCCUCCCCUCACCUCCUCCUCCCUCACCUCCUCCUCCCCACACCUCCUCCUCCCCACACCUCCUCCCCCCCUCACCUCCUCCCCCCCUCACCUCCUCCCCCCCUCACCUCCCCCCCCUCACCUCCUCCCCCCUCACCUCCUCCUCCCCUCACCUCCUCCUCCCCUCACCUCCUCCUCCCCUCACCUCCUCCUCCCCUCACCUCCUCCUCCCCUCACCUCCUCCUCCCCUCACCUCCUCCUCCCCUCACCUCCUCCUCCCCUCACCUCCUCCUCCCCUCACCUCCUCCUCCCCUCACCUCCUCCUCCCCUCACCUCCUCCUCCCCUCACCUCCUCCUCCCCUCACCUCCUCCUCCCCUCACCUCCUCCUCCCCUCCCUCCUCCUCCCCUCACCUCCUCCUCCCCUCACCUCCUCCUCCCCUCACCUCCUCCUCCCCUCACCUCCUCCCCCCUCACCUCCUCCUCCCCUCACCUCCUCCUCCCCUCACCUCCUCCUCCCCUCACCUCCUCCUCCCCACACCUCCUCCUCCCCAACCUCCUCCUCCCCACACCUCCUCCUCCCCUCACCUCCUCCUCCCCUCACCUCCUCCUCCCCACCUCCUCCUCCCCUCACCUCCUCCUCCCCACCUCCUCCUCCCCUCACCUCCUCCUCCCCUCACCUCCUCCUCCCCUCACCUCCUCCUCCCCUCACCUCCUCCUCCCCUCACCUCCUCCUCCCCUCACCUCCUCCUCCCCUCACCUCCUCCUCCCCCCCUCACCUCCUCCUCCCCUCACCUCCUCCUCCCCUCACCUCCUCCUCCCCUCACCUCCUCCUCCCCUCACCUCCUCCUCCCCUCACCUCCUCCUCCCUCACCUCCUCCUCCCCUCACCUCCUCCUCCCCUCACCUCCUCCUCCCCCUCACCUCCUCCUCCCCUCACCUCCUCCUCCCCUCACCUCCUCCUCCCUCACCCCUCCUCCCCCUCACCCCCCCUCCCCUCACCCCUCCUCCCCUCACCACCCCUCCUCCCCUCACCCCCUCCUCCCCUCACCCCCUCCUCCCCUCACCUCCUCCUCCCCUCACUCCUCCUCCCCUCACCUCCUCCUCCCCUCACCUCCUCCCCCCUCACCUCCUCCUCCCCUCACCUCCUCCUCCCCUCACCUCCUCCUCCCCUCACCUCCUCCCUCCUCCUCCCCUCACCUCUCCCUCCCCUCACCUCCUCCUCCCCUCACCUCCUCCUCCCUCACCUCCUCCUCCCCUCACCUCCUCCUCCCCUCACCUCCUCACCUCCCCUCACCUCCUCAUCCCCUCCCUCACCUCCUCAUCCCCUCACCUCCUCAUCCCCUCACCUCCUCAUCCCCUCACCUCCUCAUCCCCUCACCUCCUCCUCAUCCCCUCACCUCCUCAUCCCCUCACCUCCUCAUCCCCUCACCUCCUCAUCCCCUCACCUCCUCAUCCCCUCACCUCCUCAUCCCCUCACCUCCUCAUCCCCUCACCUCCUCAUCCCCUCACUCAUCCCCUCACCUCCUCAUCCCCUCACCUCCUCAUCCCCUCACCUCCUCAUCCCCUCACCUCCUCAUCCCCUCACCUCCUCAUCCCCUCACCUCCUCAUCCCCUCACCUCCUCAUCCCCUCACCUCCUCAUCCCCUCACCUCCCCCUCACCUCCUCAUCCCCUCACCUCCUCAUCCCCUCACCUCCUCAUCCCCUCACCUCCUCAUCCCCUCACCUCCUCAUCCCCUCACCUCCUCAUCCCCUCACCUCCUCAUCCCCUCACCUCCUCAUCCCCUCACCUCCUCAUCCCCUCACCUCCUCGUCCCCUCACCUCCUCGUCCCCUCACCUCCUCGUCCCCUCACCUCCUCAUCCCCUCACCUCCUCGUCCCCUCACCUCCUCAUCAUGCUCGGAGCCUUCGGAGGAGAAAGCAGCGUUGGAGCUGACGUCAGCAGCAUCCCGCAUGUGCUCCUCGUCGUCAUCGCUGUCCGACGCUGCCACGUGCUCUGA